AUGAUCGAAUUCGUUCCUACGUUUACUGCUGAUGCGACAGAAAUUGAUUGGAAACAAUGUGGUGAUUUCGGUCUCGAGAAAAUAGAUGCAGAAGAUGUUGAAUGUGGUUUUCUAUCAGUUCCUCUCGAUUAUACACAUCCUAAGGGUUCAAGAAUACAAAUCGCCAUUUCACGUAUAAAGCACAAAGUAUCAGCUGAUAAAUUUCAAGGAGCCAUUUUGGUCAAUCCAGGUGGUCCUGGUAGUUCUGGCCUCUCAUUAGUCACUAUAGGUUCAGCGCUUCCAAAAACAGUGAGUGAUGCCUACGAUUGGAUUGGUUUCGACCCGCGUGGUGUAGGCUCUAGUAAACCGGCUCUUUAUUGCAUGCCUAAUUAUCAUGACGGUCCGACGCCAGAUUAUAUUCCGCGGAAUAAAAAGUUGGAAAAUUUUUGGUUAAUGCGCUCAGAAAGUUACGCUAGGGCUUGCAUCAAGAACAAUUCAAAACUUUUAUCAUACAUGACCACAGUCGAUGUAGUGAAAGAUAUGGAAAGAAUUCGAGUCGCUCUAUAUCAAGAUCAAAUCAAUUUCUAUGGACUUUCUUACGGCACUUAUUUAGGUCAAGUGUACGCAACUUUAUUUCCCAAUCGUGUACGACGCAUGAUUUUAGACUCAAGUGCAGAUCCACGUAGUGUUUGGUACAAAUUGAAUAUUGACCAAUGUUCAGGUUUAGAUUACAACCUUAAAAUGUGGUUUCGUUGGUUGGCAAAGUAUAAUAAUGUUUUUCAACUUGGCGAAACUGAAAAUCAAAUAGCAGAAAAAUGGAAUGACGUCGUAAAAGAGUUGGCAAUAAACCCUGCUAAUGGUACAGUUGGACCACUGGAGUGGAUCGGCGUUUUCACGCCAGUCACAUAUAGUCAGUUGCCAUGGACUUUAUUUGGAGUCAUUUUUUCACGUUGGAUUAAUCAGAAGGAUUUUUCCGGACUCUUCAUCUUUCAUAAAAUGCCUAAUAAACUGAUGGUUGAUAACAAAUACGCUGUUUAUCUCUCUGUUAUGUGUUCUGAUGCAAAGUGGCCACAAAACUGGAAAAAUAUACGUAUAGAAAACUGGCUCACUUUUAGGAAGGCUCCCAUCUUUACAUGGUUCAAUGCUUGGCACAAUGCACCUUGCCAAUAUUGGCCUCAAAAGGUCAGCAAACCGGUGCACGUAAACGGAAGUAACGUUGGUGACAUUUUACUCAUUAUUGGAACACUUGAUGCACCAACACCAUUUGAAGGAAGUCUCGAAGUUCGUCGACGUUUUCCACAUGCAAGACUUAUUGCUAAGCCUGGCGGAAUGGCGCACGCUCUGCAGCCUGGACACAACCCAUGCGUUUCUACUUGGAUUGCAAAGUACCUAGAAUCGGGUGAUCUCCCAACGCGCAAGUCUUACAAUGGUCCCGAUGCACUAUGCCCUCCAAUGCCAGAGCCUAAUCCAGAAAUAGAUGAACAAAAUAUGCAGGACGAAAUAGACGUUGUUCAACGUGAACGAUUCUAUCAAUUUUGA